AUGGGCCGCACCGAUAUACGCUAUUCGCCCCUGCCCUUGUCGAUAGAUGAGUAUGUGACGCCCACGCUAGCGGCCAAAGCCACUUCCGCUCAGCAAACACAACUGUAUAUCAACUUCGUCCUUUCCGCCAUCCCGUGUUACUUCAAGGUGACCGAAACGCGCGUGUCAAUCAACUGGGUUGAGUAUGUGGACGCACGACACGGCGGCUCUGACUCCCCCUUUGACUGGGCGAUCCGCAGCUUGACCACCAUCUACACCGGUAGCCUGCACAAUGACCCGCGAUUAUUGGAAGCUGGCCGCGAGCUAUAUAUUCGCUCCCUCCGCGGUCUCUCUGGACUGCUCAGUGAGAUAGACUCGGCCAAGUCGGACGAGGCUAUAGCCGCUGCGAUCGCUCUAACCUUUUUCGAGAUGCACUCGUGCACCAACGCCCAAGGUUGGAUACACCAUGUAACGGGGAUCCGGGCAUUAAUGCGGCUGCGUGGGCCUCAGGCACAUCUGCAUGGCUUCGGCCGUGCCUGUUACAUCGCCUGCCGCAACCUCCUCGUCACAACAGCAUUGGUUUCUGGGGAAGAGUGUUUCCUUGCGGAGCCCGAGUGGCAGGCCCUUAAUGAGGAGAUCGCAGCCGAUAAUGCCAAGCAACCCGAUUCGUCGGUGUACACCGACAUCACGGAGCGCGCUUUUCGGGAGAUGGUUAAAGUGCCGGGCUUCGUGAAGCGAAUGCGCGGCCUGUCAAGCUCCGCCCCCAAUGUACAGAAGCGCGAGCGCCCUGAGUUGCUGCGCGAGAUCCUCGCCACGCGAGCCUCGCUGCGUGGCAUCCACACCGAGUUCGGUGUGUCCGUCUCGGCCCUCCGCGCAGGCUACGGAUCGCAAUCAGAAGUCUUCAUUGGGCCAAUGCCACACCACUUCUUCGACGGAUUCACCUCCAUGUCCAUCCGGGGCAUUCGCUCUGGUAUGUUGUUGCUUAAUUAUCUCAUCAUCCUGCUGGAUCCGUCCCAGCGGGCUGCUGCGGAGGCAGAGAACCGUGUCAUUACCGAUCGAAUGCAGGACUCCGAAAGCUCCCAUUCUCACGGCAGCCUUGACAAGCCGUCCACUCCACUCACACCUCCCGGGUCACCGAGCCGUCCCCGCCUGUUAAUUCAGUCCCGAAUCACACCCGAAACACGCGAGGCGCCCACCUCCGACUGGAUGGACCGCAUCGCCACGACGAUGGGCAUGGAUGGGGUCCGAGUGACGCUAUUGGACGAGGAGUACGAAGGAAAAGAAACAGAAACAAGUAUUUGA